GGAGUGUGCGCAACUGGAAUGCUUUGUAUAGCAGAGUAACAGCUGACUGUGGAGUAUUGCACGACUUCCCCUUUUGCACCUCCCAGAUAUUGAGCUGCCCAGUAUACAGAGAGUCACACAGACACAGAAGAGACCGAGGAGAACAGGGAAGGGAGAAUUAAAAAGCACAAACGUUUACGGAUCUAGUACUUUCUGGAUUCAGACAAAGCCAUCCAGGAAAUCUGAAGUGACACUGAGGAUAUCUGAGACUAAGGAGAAGCACAAAUUGGACUGAAUGAAAAGAUUGGUGUUUAACUUUUACAUCUGAGUUUGUCAACUAAAGAAAAUGAUCUCCAAGCAACACCGGUUCAGCCUCUAUGUUAUUGCAUCAGUUCUCCUCGGUGUGUUGGUGGAUGUGUCCGGUGGAAUGAUGAGUGUUCAGCUGAUCCCUCAGAAUCCGGUCAUCGGAGGAUCUGUCACUCUGAGUGUUACUGGGAUUACUGGGGGAAUUCGGAAUUUUGUUUGGUAUAAAGGACCAAACACAGGCAAAGAUUAUCAAAUCCUUUCAUAUUUCCCUGGUGAUAAGGACCCACUUAUUCUCGGACCUCUAAAUAAUAGUAGGGUGACACCUUUCCCUGAUGGAUCUCUACAGAUCUCCAACCUAAAUAGAACUGAUGAGGGAAAUUACAUAGUGAAGAUGCAAACAAAUAUAAAUCAAAGUGAUACACCUGUAUACCUGAAAAUCUAUGACAUGGUUGGCAAACCUAACAUCUCAGCUUCUUCCUCACUUGUCAAAGAAAAUAAUACAGUCACCCUCACCUGUACCACUACUAAUGCGGAGAUGAUAGUAUGGAGCAGGGUCCCUUCCGGAGCCACUCUCACUUCUGGGGCCAUUCUAUCUGAUAAUAACAGGACUGCUUCCAUCUCUAGGAUUAAACGUUCAGACUCUGGAGAUUAUAAAUGCCAGGCUAGUAACCCUGUGAGUAAUAGGAACAGCGAUCCCAUCACAAUAAUCGUAGCAUAUGGUCCAGAAAACGUGAAAGUAAAAGCCAAGCGGUCACCUUCAGAUUCUUUCAUUAUAUUAGAAUGUUCUGCUGAUUCUGUCCCAUCAGCCACUUACCAUUGGAGACUAAAUGGGACAAAUAUAAAAAAACAGGAGAGUCAGCUUCAGGUAGAUCAAAACAAGGCCGAGGAAGAGGGGACUUACACAUGUGUGGCCAAUAAUACAGUGACACAGCUUACUGCCGUGGAUUCUAUAUAUGUGAAUGCAACUAUUGAGCCUAAGGACAAUGAUGGGAAUACUCAAGGGAGUAAUGGUCUGGCACUAAUCAUUGGAAUCGUGAUUGCAGUCGUCUUAGUGCUAGUUCUUGUUGCUGCAUUAGUGUACCUUUUCGUGGUUCACAGACGUCGCAAAAAGCUUUUGAAAGACCAAAGUUCAACAAUUAAAAGUAAAAACUCAAGAAAUGGUCAGACCAACCCCCCAGAAGCAGCUCCGGAACCUGAGCUACAGUAUGCUGAUAUCGUUUUUAGCAAAAACAUGCCAAGAAGACAGCAGCCCCCUCCUGAUGUGCUGUAUGCAAAUAGAGCCGACCUGGUGCGCCCUCAGGAGACCGUGUACUCCGACCUAAGACUAAACUGAUCUUGGCCACCUUGACUGGAAAUGCAGCACAAUUUGUUUGUGUCUUCCUGUUAGUGUCACUCAACUCUCCAUCAUCAGGACUCGGGAUGAUGUCCCUUUGUGCCACUAUGAAGGAUUUACGAGGUCAAUGGAAUGUUUACAGGAAGUGUUCACAACUAGGAUCUGAAAUCUUGGCUUAACUUCAGUUCUGAAUUCAUGCUCGAUUUCCAAGUCAAUAUAUGUAGACCACAGAAGUGUGGACAGAACUGAGAUGUAAAGCCAAACUGUAGAUGCAAAUAACCGGUAUGGACUAUGAACUGUUGCUGGUUAACGUGUGUAUCUGAAGUCAUGUUUACCGUUCAGUAAUUGAUUAACAAAAUUGUAACUUUUUUUUUUGUAUUAUUUUUUUUUAACUGGAACCAAUUAGGGGGCAUUCAUACUUUUUCCUGCAGUAAAAUGCUUUCUGUUUACCACUUAAAAUGCAUUUCAAAUAGAAAUCUAAUUUAGAUGUGUUUUUUUUUUUU